GCACCUGGCGGGUUAGAACGCACACUGGCCUAAAGCGAAAGCCAAACGGUGAUGUCUUGCAAGCCGAAAAGAGAAAUCAUUUUAGUUUUAUUAUUGGGUAUUAGUUAUUUUAAUUCAUUACAACAUUGUAGUGCAGUAAGUUUAGGUCAGAGGGAAGAUGCCUCAAGAGCUCAGCGAGUUAAACAGUCGACGAGAAGGACAGAACAAGACAUCCACCACCAGCUGGGACCGCUUCCGGCGCGCGCGCCGAUUACCGGACGCCCCCCGCGGCGGGAACCCAGACGAAUAGGCCACCCGAACCCUCAACAGGACCCCGGUGCCCCACCGAGGGAACUCCUUCUUGUCGGCGAGCCGGAAGUCGAUGAUGUUGGGCUGAACGGCUCGUCUUGGACCCUCGGAGAAGUCAGGACGGAGCGGAGCCCCCCACCGGACCCCGACGAUGGAUACCAAGCGGAUUUUACAGGUUUUUCUGAAAUUCAAGGGGAGGUUUUGGGCCUUUCCUCUGACUCCAGUCCACAUUUUUCUGAGUGGGAGGCCAUGAAGCCUGUGGUGGAGUGUGAUGACAGCUUCAUGAUCUUCUCUGCCUCUGGUCAUGGGUUACUGCACCUGCUAGUGGACAGAAAGGAAGCUACGCCUGUUUCCAUCUUCCAGUUGCCAGCUGACUGUGGUUACUCUGUCAGGACAUCGUGGAGUGAGCUGGAGAUGAUGGUGCCGUAUGAUGGAUGUUAUGUCACCCUGGAGAAUGGCAGUUAUGUGCUGCCCAUGCAGUGGUUGAGCACCCCACUGAAGCUGUCCUGCCCUGUGAAGAUGUCCACGGCAGCCCCCAUAGUCUCCCUGUUCACUCCCUCGGUUUUCUGCUCUGCUUUUGGCAUGGCGGUACAGAUACACUGGCAGGAGCAUGAUCAACCAGCGCUCGGUGUCAUUGUGGAUGGAGCUUGGGUCCCCUUUGUGUCAGACCUUUGUGCCUUCAAAGUUGACUCCCAGCCUCAGGAGCUCACAUUCCUCAUCUCCCAAAGAGCUCCUUGUAUCUCAGCUGUUGAUGGCCUGCGUCUCCAGCUUACAUUGGAUGAUGAAGAAUACAUUCUUUCCUGCCCAGUCGGUCCUGAUUUUCCAUACUCCCCUUCUCCUCCUCCUCAGUUUCCAUUCGUCCCAGACUCCAUCAUUCCAGUUUCUACUUCCUCUCUUCCAACCACUUCUCAAACACUAAACCAGGGGCAGUCUGCCCAACUUCAUAACAAUCAGCAGCUCUUCUACCUCUAUGCUGGCCCCCAAAACAUUCAAUUCCCCCUGGACUUUGCCUCUGGCCUCCAGUCCACCAAUGCACACCACCCCACAGCUGAUGGUUCUCCUGGCUCCCAGCAGCAGUUCCAGUAUCCCUAUUUUGACCAGCAGGUGUUCUACCCUCAUCCGUUUUUGUUGCAGGGUCAUCUUUCCCAUCAAAUGUCUCCAGGGCCUGCAGGCCAGCAUCCCUCCCCCUUUGUUUUCUAUCAUCCCGAUCCGUUCUAUCACUCGAAUCCAGCAGAAGAGGGUCAACGACCUCAAAUUUCUCAUCCUGAUACGAAUCCACAGAUUUAUUAUCGUCCCGCGACCACUGCGGCGCCGACCCAAGCCCCAGCUCUGUACCAUCCUCCCCCCUCUGAACCAAAGCAGCCUUUGGUUCCAAAGCCUCAAACAAACAUAUUUUAUCCUCAAACCUCAUACUACUCCCAUCACUCAGUUUCCCACACGGCUGCUGCCCGUGUGACCGCUUCACCCCAAAGCCCAACAGCCAGCACCUCCGACGGUGCCGGGGGUCCCUCUGGUCAGCUCUACGCCCACAGUCCUUUCCAGCUGCACGCUCAUGCAUCACCUGCUGGAGAAACCCCUCAGAAACCAGCAGCUCCUCAGAGGAUGUGCAUGUCCUCCAGUGACUCCUCCUGCAGCUAUUACUCUUACCCGUACUCCUCUCAUCACCCCUUCUACCCACAGCAGCCAAACGCUGCUACAUUCCACCAUCCUCAGACUCCUGUGACGAAUCCCUCCACACCCCCAGCUCCUCUGCAGACCCCCCACCUGCAGUGUCUGAAGGGCAGGAUGUUCGUCUUCCUGCCUUACGCUGACCCGCGCUCCAUCCACAUCCUGGAGCAUCAGCGGACAUGGAAGCCACUGUCAGACAUGCCUCUUCACUGUGGCUUUGUGCUGCAGCAGGUCAGGGGUCACGGGGUUUUGCUCCACUCUCCUCUGCCUGCCUGUCACAGCUACCUCAGAACUCCCACCACCGUUUCUCUACCCGUACGGUUCUGGGAUGGUUCUGUUGGGCAGAACAGGACCAUGGACCUUGAAUGUCCAUAUCAGAAGCCCGCUGAAAGUCCUGCACCAGUUUCUUCUUCUUCUUUGUCUGUUCCUGCACCACACCAACCCACCAAGGAUGAGAGCAGUCAGUCUGGAUUAGGGAAAGCAGAAGUUUUCUGCUCCUCCCAACAGAUGAAUGUAGCGCUCCCUGCUGGUUCGAUUUCAGAAGUAAUUGUUAAAGACUUCAGUGGAAAUCUGAUCAAUCUGAAUGACCAAAAGGGCUGUGGUUAUUUUAUAAACAAGGGCAAAGAUGGCAAAACCCAUCUGAUUUAUCCAUUACAUUCACAUUGUCAUCAGAGUGUGCAGGGUGAAAUGCACGUCAUUAGUGUCAUCUACAUGACCGAAAAUGGACGAAAGGAGGCUCAGUUUUCCUGUCCGGUUGUGAUCCCAAGGACCGGACAGGAGUGCAACCUUCACAGCGAAUACCGUCUCCCCUGUGGGUCUGGCUCCAUAACCCAGACACAGUGCCUCUCCAUGGGCUGCUGCUUCAACAAGCACCCCCUUGAGUGCUAUUACCCCAUGGAAGAGUGCACUAUUGACCGUCGCAUGGUCUUCUCUGUGCCCGCCUCCAUCACGGACCCCCCUCUUUCUCCUGCUCUGCUGGUCUCUGCCAACAACUCCACCUGCAAACCUCAGAAAGUGACCUCCGAGUACGCCCUGUUCAAUGUCCCCAUGGACGGCUGCGGGAUGCGCCGGAUGAUGGUGGGAAAAACACUAGUCUACAUGUUGGAGAUUACCAACAUGAUACAAGCGGUGAGCCUCAACUAUGGAACAAUCACAAGAGAUUCUCCCAUCAGGUUGUUUGUGGAGUGCAGGUACUCUCCCGGAACGGUUCUUUCUGUGAGCUACGUGGUUAAAACGCCCUCUUUUGGCCCUGAAGUUCAUACCCAAGGGGUGUUUGGAGUCCAGCUCAGGAUCUCUAAAGAUGCUCAGUACACGAGCUACCACCCACAGUAUCACCAGCCCCUGCGCAUGUUGCUGGGGAAACCUCUCCAUUUAGAAGUGCGGCUCCUCAACUCCCCAGAUCCCAGUUUGGUGCUGCUGGUGCACUUCUGCGUGGCCUACCCCCGCUCUGGAAAAGCUGUGUGGGUGCUGCUCUACAAUGGAUGUCCCAAUCCCUUGGACCCAUCCCCACCACAGACCGUCCUGUCUGAACCGAAUCCACAAACUCCUCAGAGUCAGACCCGUCGCUUCACCAUCAGCACUUUCCAGUUCCUCCCUGACAACGAUUACAAGGACAUGGAUGAGGAGAUCUACUUCAUGUGUUCGACUGAAAUCUGCUCUCCACAUGAAGGACCCUGUGUUGAAGGAUGCUUUGGACAGUGAUGGUACAGAUCUCUCAUUUCUGGGUGGAUUACGAUCAUAAACAGCCUGAGAGUCGGUUGUAGCUCCAGUUCCAUAUGACAGCAGGACAAUAUUUAAAUAAUGAUGUCUGAAUAAUUUAUGACAUGGAGCAACUUCCUGUUUUUGGUACUUCAGUUGGAAUUUUGAGGAGAUUGGAAGUUGGUCAACAUAUGGUGGGUAAACAAAUAAUUGUAACAGAUAUUUCAAAUAUCUGUCUGCAAAUGGAUUUAUUCUUUUUCUGGUGACAGAUCUCAUUUAACCAUCAAUAAAAGCUCUUAAAUAAACACA